AUGUCAGAAGUCUACAGACAACAACGAGUCGCAACUUGGCCAUCACCACACUUCACCAAGAAGACCAGCAGCCUCCCAGUCAAUCAAUCUUUAGAGCAUUUGGGCAUUGAAGGUGACUCGCCAACCUACCAGAAAUGGCGCCUAGACCAUGGUGUCCCUAUCUCAGACAUAGGCGAUCCUGCCAAAAGAACCGACGAGCCUCAACUAGUCGAUCAAGCCCCCAAGACUUUGAUGGCGUUUUCCGAGAACAAUAUUGGUAACGGUAGCGAGCAACAUGCCUCCGGCACUUCUGACGUGCUUCGUCUAUCGAAGGAGGCCUUCGUUCGCAAGGCUGCAAUCGAGGCUGGCAAGUACUGGGAUGAGAUGCAUGCUCGCGACACAACUGCUUUUGGAUGA